AUGGGUCGACAGGCUUAUUUGAACCGGCUCGCUUUGGGCCGGUCCCCAUACGAAGCUCCCGAUAAUGCGACUGUUGAUCCCUCCAAUCCAGUCCGACGGAUCUCCAGUGUUUAUGCAGACAAUUACAUGCAGCAAUAUGAUACCCGAGGUCACCCUGUUAAUCCCGAGUCCAGAACCCUCGGAAAAGAACUCCGGAGAGCAAAGAAUGAUAUCCUUUCAACGAUGGGGAUUGUCGUCAGUGGAGAAGAUCGAAACUCUGGUAUCCCCAAUGAGCAGCAAAAGAUCAACCAGAUUGCGAGUGAAAAUGACUUCGGACUCGUCAUAACAACUUUCGAUCAACUGUUCAUCUUUUUUGGUACCUGGUGGACCUCUUCAGUCACUGGUCGAGUACAGACUUACCGGCAUUAUGCCAAUUCCGCAUUACUCAAUGUCAUACAGGCCGAGAGAGACACCGCAGGCAUUCUUAGCUUCUAUUUUGCAGGAAUUCCUGCCUGGGCAAUGUCCAGUGGGUUGGCUAUAGCUCGUGAGACCCCGCUGAAACGGGUGUUUGUCUCUCUCCGGGACUAUGCUCAGUCUUUGACAGGCGACUCACUCGGUGUUCGUUCUCUGUUCGGGCUUCUAUACACAUUGGCGAGAAAUUCUGUGCUCAUGUUGUCUAUGGAGUUCUACAUGUACUCCACACUCCAAUCUCUUUCCCUUGUAUCUCCGUAUGGCAUUCCCGGCGCGCAAUUUCUGCUUCCCUUCGGCAAAGAAUCUUUGUUGCAGCUGCCACCCUUGCCCGCUGAUUUCUCCCCUCACUCACUGGGGACAUCGCUUGUGCAAUUGUUGACCUCUCCUGGCGCUCUAGUGUUCCUAUAUGGCUACUACUUGCGACCGGAGCUUGAAGAGCGUAUUUAUCGGUUGAUCAGACGACACCUUCCUAAGCCAUCUCUUCCCGAUGAACUCUCAGUCCGCGUUGCCUUUGAAGAAAACCUGAUAGAGUGGGUAGUGCCUACACUGGGCCGCAGAUCAGACGAGGAAUUACACCGGGGCAAGCUUACACUAUUCGAAGAUAUCAAGUUUGAACUAGCCGUUUUUCGAAGAUGGGUAUCAUCGCUUUUUGGAUUGAGAUCGAACCAAUCGGCAGAGCAGCAAGCUCUCCGGACCUUUAGAGACGAGAGGAUUGAAAACCUACGCAAUUCGAUUGAGCUGUUGCAAAAUGAACUUGACGGAAUCAAUUUUGUUGCUGAAGAAGGACCAAAUGACUCCGUGCCUAGACCGCCGGGGAUCACCCCCGAUGCCCAGGUUGCCGCUCUUGCAUCACAAGCACGAUCACGGUCACAGGAUGGAACUGAAUCCACACAUUUGACUCAGGCAGAAUCGGUAAUUGGGUUGAAUCAAGUGCUUACAAAUGAAAAUCGUAUGUCUCAAUCGCCUGGGGAAAUGAGCAAUGACUAUUUCUCCGAGAUGGCUACUGCUGGACAAACGAGUCGUCUCUCGGCCACCUCAACCCCGCAGGACCAAAUAGCCCCUUUGCGAGAUAACGAGGACUUUGCUAUGGACAGAGAAAACUCACGAUCUAAUACCCUCUUUUCUCCCCCAUCGUCACCAGAAACAUCACCUCCUACAUCGCCUCGUGUAAGAGCAUCCUUGAUUCACCAGAGCUCUGACGUUAUCACGAUGCAGCUUGAGUUGCUGAGCAAUCGGAACCGUCAUCCACAGAUCCAAGCUUCAAGUCCUGCCCAGCUGAAUGCACUAUCGGGCAGGAAUAUAUCAGGAUCAAAUGCGAAUCCAGAGGCCAUGGAUAGACGAUCCAUAGCCGAGUUCCUCGAAGCUCUCAUCUUGAGUCAGGCCCAGCGGCAGGUGCAGCAGCCCCUAGCAGCAGCAGAUACGGACGGCCUCUCAAGUAUCACUGCCGGACAAUCCAAUACAACGCCCCAGGACUUGGAUGCCCCUGAACUAGACCCUCAAAUUCCGGCCCCAGAAACCCAAGCCACCGACGCUCCAACUUUAGAGUCAAUUGAGGAAGCACUAGGGUCCAUCGUUCCAAAUAUUCUCCCAGAUGGCGUGGAAGAACCAAACGAUGAAGAGCCCUCCAAUGGACCAAACCCUGUCGCAGAUACAGACCACAAUGAAGAUACCCAAUCCGACACCCUCGUCCAGCCAAUUCUACCAUCUUCUCUUAUCCCCGGACAACCGACAAACACAUUGUCGCAGGUCCACCGUGUCACCCUUCUUUCGGCAUACCCUGUGGACUCACUCGCAUCUCACCUUGCUGCUGCAAUCAGCGGCAUCAUACUCGCGCCCCUUGAAGCACUCUACCUUCGCUCAUUGACCCGAUCCUGGAUCAUAUCACACCCGUCCUCUGUUAUCCGUCUCUCAGAUGUCCAUCCGUUGGGUCUUUGGUUUGGCGGGAGAACUUGGCCAGAUAUAUGUGCCUAUUCCUUCCGGCUCGUACUCAUGAGAGGAAUGCAAGUUGCGAUGAGAGCGGGGAUUUGGGGGUUUCUGGUGGGCUCGACAAUGAGGAUAGGGAGGAACUUCUGCGGCUGGGGAACCUUGUGA